GCUACCAGGUGACAGGCGUCUUUAUGAAGAACUGGGACCCUCUGGAUGAACAAGGAGCUUGCUCUGUUGACAAAGACUGUGAAGAUGCUUACCGGGUUUGUCAGAAGCUUGAUAUUCCUUUUCACCAGGUUUCCUACGUCAAAGAAUACUGGAAUGAAGUAUUCAGUGAACUCUUAAAAGAGUAUGAAUUGGGAAGGACUCCUAAUCCUGAUAUUGUGUGUAACAAGCACAUCAAAUUCAACUACUUUCUUCAUUAUGCUAUGGAUAACCUUGGAGCAGAUGCCAUUGCUACUGGGCAUUAUGCUAGGACCUCACUGGAGGAUGCGGAAGUGUUUCAACAGAAAUACACUAAAGGACCACAAAGGCUUUUCAGAAACCGUUUUGAAGUUAGAAAUACUGUGAAACUCCUUCAAGGGGCUGACCUCUUUAAGGACCAGACCUUCUUUCUAAGCCAGAUCUCACAAGAUGCUUUGAGGAAAACCAUUUUCCCUUUGGGGGAUUUAACAAAAAGUUUUGUAAAGAAGAUAGCAGCGGAACAUGGCCUUCAUCACGUGCUAAAGAAAAAAGAGGCAUGUACCAUGUUUCCUUUUCAGAGUAUGGGAGUCUGUUUCAUUGGUGAAAGAAACUUUGAAAAAUUCCUUCUUGAGUAUAUAGAACCUCAACCAGGUAACUUUGUUUCCAUUGAAGAUAAGAAGGUGAUGGGAAAACACAAAGGUUGGUUCCUCUACACAAUAGGCCAGAGGGCUAGACUAGCAGGCCUGAGGGAUGCUUGGUUCGUUGUAGACAAAGAUGUCAGCACUGGAGAUGUCUUCGUGGCACCAUCAACAGAUCACCCUGCUCUGUACAGAGACCUGUUGCGGACAAACCGAGUGCACUGGAUAGCAGAGGAACCUCCUGCAGAGCUCGUUAGAGAGAAGAUGAUGGAAUGUAAUUUCAGGUUUCGGCACCAGAUGGCACUGGUGCCUUGUGUGCUGACUCUGAACCAAGAUGGGAGUGUGUGGGUGACACUAGUGAAGCCAGCAAGAGCUAUCACACCUGGGCAGUUUGCCGUGUUCUACAAGGGCGACGAGUGCUUGGGCAGUGGGAAGAUCCUAAGGAUGGGCCCAUCAGUGUAUACCAUGCAACAGGGCAAAAACCGUGAGGAGAGUCCAAAGAAGGAAGAGAUAGACAAGAUAGAACCAGCAACAUAACACAUGGCUUUGUUUAUUAAAGGACUU